CAAAAAACAAAAAAUCUGUGCAGGUAUAGAGAGGAGAAUCGUGUCGGCUGAAUCUGUGUCAGAGACAGAGCAUAGUGUGAACUGUGAAUUGCAAAGUCUUCCUCUUCCUCCCAUAGAGAUAUCGAUCAUCAACAAAAAAAAAGGCUGAUAAGAUAUUUUACACAAUCACAGAUCAAAUCGAGGAUGGAUGCUUGCUUGAGCUAUUCGUAUCACAUGGAUGAUGAGAUUGCAAGGUUUAUCAGAAGAGUUAAUCCCCCAAAGGUUGUGAUUGAUAACGAUGUCUACAAGAACGUCACUGUCAUUAAGGUGGAUAGUGCUAAUAAACAGGGGAUUCUUCUGGAAGUGGUUCAAGUCUUGACUGAUCUUAACCUCACAAUCAAGAAAGCUUACAUCUCCUCUGAUGGUGGCUGGUUCAUGGAUGUCUUCAACGUCACUAACCAAGAUGGGAACAAAGUCACUGAUGAAAUCGUUCUUGAUUACAUCCGUAAAUCUCUUGGCCCUGAUGAGUCUUCUUGCUACAGUCCGAGAUCAACCAUCGGGGUUAAACAAUCUGUCGACUUCACUGUCAUUGAGCUCACAGGAACUGACAGACCCGGUUUGCUGUCUGAGCUCUGCGCUGUUCUAACCGACCUUCAAUGCAAUGUGGUCAACGCCGAGAUCUGGACGCACAGAGCAAAAGCAGCGGCGGUUUUGCAAGUAACCGACGAGGAAACCUCCUCCGCGGUUACUGAUCCAGAGAGGUUAUCCAAAAUCAGGAAGCUUCUUGGCUACGUGCUCACAGGCGGGAGCAGGAGCAGGAGAUGUCGUGAACCUAAAACCACGGUUUCCUCUUCUCUCAACGCGGAUCGUAAGCUUCACCAGCUGAUGUUUGCGGAUAGAGAUUACGAUGAGUGGGAGAAUAACGUUGAUGAUGAGGAUAAGAUUGGGAGAGUAGUUCCAGAUGUGGAUGUCUCAAACUUGCAUGAUUUGGAUUACUCUAUUGUGAUGAUCAAAUGCAAAGACAGACCAAAGCUUCUCUUUGAUACUGUCUUUACAUUGACGGAUAUGAAGUAUGUGGUUUCGCAUGCCAGCAUUGAUGCCGAAGGCCCUGAAGCUUAUCAGGAGUACUACAUAAGACAUACGGAUGGAUCUCCGGUGAAGUCUGAGGCAGAAAGACAGAGAGUGAUCAAGUGUCUUAAAGCAGCUAUUCAGAGAAGAGUCUUUGAGGGGUUGAAGCUUGAGCUUUGCACUUCGGAUAGAGUUGGAUUACUAUCAGACGUGACUCGAAUAUUCCGUGAGAACAGUCUUACGGUGACAAGAGCUGAAGUGAAGACAAAAGGAGGCAAAGCGCUCAACACGUUCUACGUGAGGGAUGCUUCUGGUUAUGAAGUUGAUGCAAAGACCAUAGAUUCAAUCAGGCAAGUGAUUGGUCAGAAGAUACUUCAAGUGAAAGGCGGAAACACAGAGGUGAAAUCGAGUUCUCCAGAAUCUCAAACGGGGUUUCUCUUUGGGGUUUUCAAGUCUAGAUCUUUCGUCAAUUUCGGGUUGAUCAGAUCUUGAACAACAUAGUGUUGUUACUCUUUUAUCUGUAAAUGACAGAAGUAGCAGUGCAUUGUGUGAAUGUGUAGUACAAGAAGAAGCUGCUUUUAGGGACAUCAAAGUUCAGAUUCUUACAGGGGCUUUUUAAAGUAUAUUCUUGUGUACUUUUACAUUUGGUGGAUUGUAUAUAAAAUUGGAUUACAAUCACUUUCCAUAAGAUUUCCUUUUGACUGGCUC